AUGGAAGAAGGGAAAGGUAACGAAGAAGGUGAAAACUGGAAAAUUUACGAGGCGUUGUGCAGCAAAAGCUCCACCGAGAUGGAAGGAGAUAUUGGUAACGACGUUAUUACCAGUCUAAGAAGUGAUUUGGCAGCUCUUCAGUAUAAACGCGACAAAUUGAUUUCUGAAAACAGCGAUUUAAAAAAUCUAAUGUUAUCUCGAGACCAAAGAAUAUUAGAACAGCAAGUCGAAAUCGAUCAUCUUCGUGAACAAAAUGCUCGACAAAAUGCUGUUAUAUCAUCUCUCAAAAAGAAAAUUCAAGAUCUUGAAGAAGUACACCGAAAUCUUCAAACUUCCCAUGGAAGAAGUGAAAUCACCGUCCAGACAUUACAGAGAGACAAUCGAUACUGUGAAGAGAAGAUUAAAGACUUAGAAAAAAAAUUACGAUCGCUUGAAUUAGAAUAUCAUAAUGAAGAACAGCAAAAGGAAAAUGCUAGGUGCCAAUUCCACGAUUUAAUACGACGAAUGUCUGCAGCCCUCGAAGCUGACUUUUGUGACACAAAACAUACUCACUCCCCAGAAAGUUUAAUUAUAAAAGCAGCUGAACUAGUACAAGAUAUCACAAGAUUGAAAAAUAAAUGUAUGGGUACGACGGAAAAUUUAUCUACGGUCGAACAAGAAUUGAGGAGCUGCAGAGACGCUCUAGAAAGAUCAAAUGCUGACAAAGAGAUGCUACAAAGACAACUGACACAACAACUAUUAGACAUUGAGAGACUUAAGCAAGAAAAAGAAUCUCUUACAGUUCAAAUCAGAGUAAUCGAACGAGAAUUACAUGACGCAAGAGAAAAACUAACACAUUGUACUAAAAACUUGAAUGUCGUUACUGAUAAUGUUAAUCAAAACGAGUCAAUAAUAAUACAGAUGAAAGAGGAUCUGAGACAUCGUGACGAGAAAUUUCAACGGCUUCAUGCUGAGUUCCGGAAUACUAUGGAAUCCAUAGCUAUUUUACUAAGCUUACCUACACGAUUUGUAGAGGCACAUGAAAGUACUAUUAAAGACAGAAUUCGAGAAAUUUUAAGUGAAAAUAAGGAUAAAUCUCAAAUCGAUGCACUGCGUGACAAGCUGGGCAUGGAGUCACAACAGUUGGGCAGGACUGCACACUUACACGACCAAGCCACAACGCGAGUGCGGAUUCUCGAGGAUGAGAGGAACAUGCUCGAAACUAAAGUGCACAAGCUGGAGUCAGAGUUGGCUGCCCUCGAACUGUCCAGAGAGAACUUACGCAAGGACAAAGCAAACUUUGUCGCGUUCCUUGAACGCCUCAGCAGAACACUAAAUAUGGAUGAGUUAACCCAAGAUAUCGGAAUAGAAUUACAUACUGAUUCUAUUAUACAUCGGGCAGAGCAAUUGGCAAGACUCGAGAGCGAUAAAAUUGUUGAUAAGGUCAGUCAGUAG